CACAUAGCGGACGCCGGACGCCCUGCCUGUGGCCCUCUGCUUGCUUCCUCAGAACGUGCAGGAACGUGCAGGACACUGUGCAUCCCCGUGGUGCCUCCUCUCCAUGCUCCUCGCCAUCCACAUUCGCUGUGGCGCGUGGUCAGAGAACGUUUGUUGUUACGGCAGCAGUUGCGCUGUCCGUGCUGUGGCCGGUGGCUAGUAGGAGAAUAGAGUGCAACAACAUCAACGAUUCCGGCAGAUUGCUGCGGUGUUGGUCUGGACCCGCCUUGACAAUCACUUUACCACGAAUGUCAUUCUCUCGAGCGCUAGUUCAAGCGUCCGAUCUGCAGAACGCAUGAAUCAAGAGGAACGGAGGUGCCCUGUGGGUCCUAUUGUGAAGCUUUGACAACCUGCACACCAGCUCAAACAAGAUGACUUCAAUGCCUCAGGCACUUCGCAUUUUAGAAAACUCUCACGUUAACCGUGGUUUCUCUGAAGAAGCUUGUGACUGUGAAUCGAGCAGCGCAACCCCGGACGGAUGCAGUGACAAGUCGUACGAACCGGAAUGGGCUGAGAAUAUUGGCCCAAAAGGCGAAUUGUUCUUCAUUGAACCAAGGUACAAGUCGUCAUUCGGGACAAGAUCCGUCGCUGCCUCCGACAAGAGUUCCGGAAACGACUCUCAAGUUGCGCGUUCCAAAGGUUUCGGCUCUGAAGCUAAAAACAAGAUCCGAAGCUUAGUAGGACGCAAAAAGGUUAAACAUCACAGUGGGGAUGCUCAGCUCGACGUUUCGCAGUGUCGGAAAGAGCCAUCGCUGCGCUCCUUCAACAAAGCAGAAUGUAUCGAAGUGUUCAUUGACGUCGAUCCGGCCCGACACAACUAUGGACGAAGGGCGACAAUCUGCGAGGCGCUCUUUGGCAUAAUACCUGGAAGUCUACCGCCGAGGCUUGCCACCGCUGAAAUGCUUGGUGAAUGCUCACCAGUAAUGGUGCAAGGACUUUUGCCAGAAGGCGAGGCCAUUAAGACAGGAGCUAUUAAAAUCGGAGAUGUCCUGAGAAGUGUCGAUGGCUCAAGUGUGAAUGAGAAGAACAUCGAUAGCAUUCUGCGAGGCAUUUCCAAAGCACAGAAGGUAAAGCUUCAAUUUGUUCGCCCUGAAGAGAACACACUUGCGGGAUGCGACAAGUACACGUGCCCUCAGAGUAUCGAUACUCAAAGCUCACUUAUAAAGCAAUUGUCUGGAGACAGUGCAAUUGUUCAGCAAGUGAAACAGCAACUUCACCAAAUACCGCAUGCAUUCCUCUACCAAGGAUUCUGCAGUGACAUGCACCAGCAGAGUGAGCCAGCACGUCGAACUGAGCAUUUUUAUAGAUUUCCUGAUCAUGAUCAUACACUUUCGAACCUUAGGGGCAUGUUUGUGACUCUGAGUUGUGUGCUUGGAGAUGUUACUGCAACCAAGCCACAGGGCAGCAGCCUCACUGUGGACGGUCAUUUGGUUCAUGUCGCCUACUUUCACAAAGAGAACGGCAUAGCUGUCCUCUGUCUUCCAGCAGCACGUGCAACCCCAGAAGAAGUUCAUAUUUUUCUUUUGGACAUUGUUAAGCUAUUGAAGUUGGAAUACAGGUCAUUGUCACAGGCCUUCAGCACCGUAGAGGCUCAUAGCUGCAUUGACCUAUUCUUGCUCCACUUCUUUCGGGAAAUGCUUUUAGACCCUGGACAAGAAGGUAACAAGCUCAGGUUCAUACGUUCCUUACCUCAUGUACAUUGGUUGCAUCUUCCCAUGGAAGCGCAAGCUCACGUUGACACUGUGCUAAGUGAGCUCGAAUCGGCAGACGUGUCUGAGGCAUUUGAUCGUUCAUCCAGGUGCUUUACAUUCCUUGGCUCAUGUGCUUUCUAUAAGGGCUUCCUUCUUGGGAACCACUUGCCCAAGGAUUACCUUGAAAGUGUAUGUCUGUAUUGCCGCCACUACCAGCUACUGACGCUCACAAAAGAAGAAUCAGUUGGGCAGGUGGUGGUGUGGAAGGAAAUUUACCUUCAAGAUGACUUUGCGACUGUUCGGCAUUUUGUGCUUAUUGUGGGGCUUAAGCAUAGUCUGAUACUGUCACUUUUAGAAGUUGGUGGCUGCGCAUCUGUUUCUGAGGAGAAUCCUGCACCUGAUGCAUUUUACAUUGACAGAGUUCAAAAUUCUUUGCUGCAGCUUGAAUCUCUUGGGGUGCUCUCUGUGGCUGAAGGUUGCCUUUUGAAUCGUGGCCCUGCACCUGGCUCAACAGCCAGUUCUGCAAGCUCCAAGAGCUGGUGUCAGAGUUCCAUGAAAGACAGUCAUUCAAGCUUGUCCCUCUCAGUUCCUCCGUCACUCUCCCCAAGACGCGCAAGAAAGAGUAGUAGUGAUGUAGAACAGUGUUAUCUUUUGCAUUGUACAAGCAACCACUUUGACUGUUCUGAGCAUGACCCCCAGAUGAGCAGAAGCUACAGCAGCUGUAGUGAAUCAAAUGGACUACGUGCCAGACAUUGCUCUAUUUCCACCAGUUCUGAUUGUGACUCCCGCACCAGUGGCAGUGAUGUCUACCAGGGACGGGAUGAAAAAUUGCAGAGAGCAUUCACCAGCAGUUACGACCUGAGCAGCCUCCGUCGCAGCCUCGAAGAUGGCAGCAGUCAAGGCCAAAACCAGGCACAAUCGUCACAGUCGGUGACCUGUGCUGAUGAAAAUCUUGUUUUUCACUACCUCAGUAUAGAUAUGGCAGAGGGUGUCUUUGUAGCACCAGUAGAAUGUGUGCAUAAGAACAAUCUGGGUGCUGAGAUUGUUGAAAACUUCUACCGAUGUUGCCUAGAAAUCAGGAAAGUAUUUAACAGUACAGCAAAAGACACACGAACUCCAAGGGAAGAUGAAAUAGAGUGUGAGAGCAAGUUCCUUUCAGACAGGAGCCUUUCAUGUGUAAAAGAGCAUGGAGUGCUUUUUACCUGCCCGUCUUCCAGUAGUAGCAGAAGCCGGGCCAAGGGUCCAAUUUCAUACUGGGUUGUGGGCCGUCUCUUUGCUGACAAAUGUCCACCGAGGGAGGUUUAUGUCUGUAUGCAUGAGGACGCUUCUUCAACUGCAUUGGAGAUGGCAUUCAGGCUGUCCUUUGGCUUGCAGAUAUAAGCUGCACCCUUGUCUUUCAUAGUCCUCUUUGAUGAGCUACUAUAGAGGUGUAAGGUUAAGCAUGUUCCGCUAUAUUUAUAACCACAUAUUCAUUUGGCAUUACUUUUGUUGUGCUUUAUUUAUUUGUAGCAUUGCUGUUUGGCAUGUCGGAUGUUGCAUGUCACAACUGUGUUUGAAGUGUUCACUUGGCUGCCUAAUAGGUUGCCUAUAAUUAGGAGUUGGUGCUUUGCGUUAAAAGCAGAAAACACACACAAAAAAAGAGUAUGUUGAAUUCAGGUUGGGACAACAUGAAACUAUUCCACUUGGUUUUCAUUCCAACUCCGCCAUUAGUCUUCCAUGAUUGAUCAACAUGGCCCGGGCCCUGCCCAUAUUAAUGGCGGAUUUAGAAUAAAAAGAAAGUGGGAUAGUUUUACGUUAUCUCGGCCCUAUUCCCAGAACUUAACUUUUAACUGAGAAGUGUCACUAUUCAUUUUGGCACAAGAAAAAAAUGAAGAAAGGGUAAACAUUAUGUACUUGCAAAUUUUGUGAUGGUAAAGUGUGAUAACAGGUGAGCAGUACAAGUUCAGCAUAGGAUUAGUGCUAAUUUUAUGAGUAAAUGGCAAAAAGUGCACCCUAAAUUAUAAAUUGGUUACAUUCCCUAUGAACUGAAAUUAUUGCUUUCUCCUUGUCAUAAAACAAGAGACAAUUUUGGUUGGAUACCCACCCAAAAUUUCAAUCGUGUUAGUAGAUGUUUAAAGUAAAAGUUAAAUACACUUCUCAUUGCAGCCACCAUUUUUAAGAAUAAUCAGAGUUCCAUGGAUUGGUAUGUACAAAAGAUGCAUACAUGUCAUGGCAGUAUCACCCCGAUUCAAUCUUGUGUUUCAGCGAACACUUUCAAAAAUUCUUAAUGGAAAAACUUUAUUGCUCUGUAUCUCGGAGAGAUUGGCGGUGGGCCAGUGUCUUAAUGUCUUGAGUCCUGGCCGCUUCACAAGGUUGGCGCCCCUAUUCCAGGGCACCGCUGAGUCUUGCUGCCUCACAGGCGUGCUGCACAAUUGCCCGUUGGGCUGCGAGCUUGCUGCUGGUGAGCAGACCCUCCCAUUGUUCCGCACUUGGGUUAUUCACUUUAUGGAAUGCGAAAUUACGCUUGCAUUCCCACGUGAUGUGGUAUAACGUGGGGGUUGCCCCGCACCACGGACAUGUAUCCCUGUACUGAGUAGGGAACAUUUUGUGUAGUGUGUGCAGGUUGAAAAACGUACCUGCUUGCAGUCUUCGCCAGCUGACUGCCUCGUGUUGUGUGAGCGAUGUGUGGGGUAGGGGGUAUUUAAGUCUCCUUCCUCUGUAGUGGUUAAGUAAUUCUGCAUAUGUCGGCUCCACCGUUAAGGGGGCCUCUAGGGUUUCAGACUGCCCUGCUCGGUGCGUGAGUUGGCGAACUAGGCUGUCCACCCUUGAGUUGUCCUCUAUCCCGGUGUGUGCCGGUAUCCAGAAGAUCCUAUGUUUUAUGUUUUUGUUAGGAUGCUCUGUUUCGAGGAGGACUCUCAGUGCUUCCUUACUAACUCUGCCUUGUAUGUAGUUCCUACAUGUUGCUUUGGAGUGUGUUAGAAUUGUCAGAGAUUUGUUCCUGCGGUAAUCUUCAGCCGCCGGUAGAGCUAUGGCGACUUCUUCCCCCUCCGUUACCGUGCAGUUUCUCAGGGUCGCGCAGCUAAUUGGUUCUCCCGUGUGGUCUACCACUGCUGCCACGACUCUAAACAUUCUAGUAUUGCGGUCCCAUGGAUAUAUGGCCGCGUCUGUGUAUACUGUGUUUUCUAGUGUGGCUAGGUUUCGUUCCACGUAAUCUGCUCGUGCCUGCCUUCUGGCGGCGUGGAGAUUUGGGUCCAUGUUUCUCGGUAGGGGGCUAAUCUCCAGUGUCUGGCGAACGCUACCUGGGACGCUAGCUGCCCGAUCCUCUAUUCCGUCUGUGUUAUUCUUUUUAGAAGCUUGCGGCCGGUGGCAGUCUGCUGGAGCCUGGUGAUCUGUGCAUUGAGCUGCGCUUCUGCGAGUUCUUCGAAGGUGUUGCUUAGGCCCAUCUGUAACAGUUUAUCGUUGGGCGUGUUUCUUGGCAGAUGUAGCGCCGUCUUAUCCGCUUUCCUUAGUGGCGUUUCCAUCUGUUCUUUUUCGUGCUUGGUCAUGUUGUGGUACGGGAGCGAGUACGUGACUCUGCUGACCACCAGGCUUCUGACCAGCUUGAUUGUGUCUCCUUCUCUCAUUCCGCUUCUUCUUUGAGAUACCCUCGUUAUCAUUCGGCUUACUUGUUCUGUCGAUUUUUUUAGUAAGCUGAUUGUGUGGCUGCAUUUCUUGCUUCCUUGAAUCCACAUGCCUAGGAUGCGUAUCAUGCUCCUUUCAAGUAUGUUUUGUCCCUCUAGUUUUACUAUUAGUUCUUCCUCGGUGGGGUUUCUUCCCACUCUCAGGAUUUCUGAUUUUUCAGUGGAGCACGCCAGGCCCCUUUCUCUGACAUAUUCUUCCACGCACUUGGCCGCUUCCUGCAGUUUUUCUUGCUUCUGUCCUAGGGAGCCUCGAUUGACCCAGACCGUGAUGUCGUCAGCAUAUAUUGCAUGCUGGAUGCCAUCAAUCUUGCUGAGUGUUCGAGCCAGUCCAAUCAUUGUGAUGUUGAAGAGUGUUGGUGAGAUCACGGAGCUUUGCGGCGUGCCUUUGCGUGGGGCGGUAAAGACGUCACUUCGCAGAUCCCCCAAUCCCACCGUUGCCAUUGCGUUUGGUCAGAAAGGCCCUCACGUAGUCGUGGAUUCUCUUGCCGCAGUUGGCGUUGUUCAGUCCUUCCAUGAUAGCUUCGUGGCUAACGUUGUCGAAGGCCCCUUUGAUAUCUAGGGCCAUGAAAAUGUUUUCGCCUGCUCUGGGUGCAAUUCUAGUUCAUGAGGUGGUCUACUCAGAGCGGCAAACACUAUUUGCACAAGAAAUUGAAAUGCAUAAUAGACUAAUUAAAAAAAUAAUUAAGUUAUAACUAAUUACCUUAUGGCACAUAUUGCAAUUUACAAAUUCUAGCUGGGGAGCUCGCAAAGUAGAUCCACUUGGAACAAAUUCUCAGGAUGACACAAGUUUCAAGAUAUUAAUUCCCGAACGUUGCAGAGAAAUGCGUUGGUGUUCAAGUUACUUUAUUAACAAAAUGUCAUUUUAUGCCUUCAAGCACAAAAGAUUAAAACUUAAUUAGUGUAUUUUUGUUAAUUAGUAGAUUAUGCAUUUCAAUUUUUUGUGCCAGUAAUGUCUGCCUCUUCGAGUAGACCAGCUCCUGAACUAGAAUUGUGCUAUCUGUCACAGGCGACCGUUAAGAAUUCUUGAAAGUGUUUGCUGAAACAUCCGGUAUAUAUACACAUACAUACACAUGCACACACCUUAUUUAGUACUACAGCAAUUUCACAUUAAUAAACAAGGGCGUCAGUAUAUCACCUUAAGCUAGACAUACACUCUCUAUUCCAAAAAGGACAGAUGAACUUCCAUGUAAAUAAUUGCCACAAAAAAAGUGGUGCACCCUUUGUGGAGACAAAACAAGGGAAAAAAUGUGAGGCUUUGAUUAAAAGAUAUUGUGAUGCAUGCUCACAAAAAAUAUGGAAGCUGGCUCCAAACAAAGAUCUGCAAAAUAUAUAUAUGUGCAUUAAUAAAAGCACUGCUGAACCAUACUGAGUAAUCAUUGCUGUACGUUGGGCAAAUUGAUUGCCGACAUUACAAAAUAUGCUUGUAGCGCUAAGAAAGACGAAACACGCACUAAAUGCACAGGACGGGUACUGGUCCUGUGCAUUUUGUGUUUGUGUUUUGUCUUCCUCAGGCCUGUGAAAACGCACUUCAUAAUGCUCUACCGAGUAAACUCUAGUUCGUGAGAUGACUGAGAAAUGCCUUGUUGCUCUGCCAUAUGUAUCGCUUCAUUUGUUUCGUUCCUGGGGACUGAGUAAGCGUAUAUAUGGACUUGUCUGACCUUACAAUACAGCGGUGUUCACUUGCUUAGCAUAGUGCACUUAUUACUUUUAGACUUUUUUUUUUUCUGACAGAAUGGGAUACAGAAACGCAAUUUGUUCUUCACGAUAACUGAAAUUUUAGGAGUAAAAAAUUAGGAGCCAACAUGCAUUGUCUUUUUACAUCGUAUUUACAUUUGUUUACCAUGAUGGGAAGUGGCCUCUCUCUCUCUCUCUGUGUGUGUGUGUGCACGCGUGCACAUACACUUAAGCACUUAUUAAAACGGAUAUCUUUCUACAGAAAUCUUCCUUUUGUAUUUAGGUUGGCCCUUUAACCCUCUGUUGUUUGUUGAAUUUUAGGGCCAUUGUAAAGAAUAGUUAAUGGGCUCCUUAUGCUUCCUGUAUAUCAAAUAAAAGUAUAUAGAAGUGCCAAGCACAUAAUUGGAUAAAUUAUGGAAGUCGGAGGCGUUUUGCCACUUUGUAACAUUAUUAAGUUGGAGUCCACACCUAUCUAGUGUAAAUAAUUUAGAAGCAUUUCUAUUGUUUUGACUGCUUCUGAAUGUUCACAUUUUUGUUAAGCUGAGAACUGUAGUGGUUCAUGUCUUGUUUAAAGAGCAAUUGCAUGCUGGUCCUGAAGGGGUAAGUUUCAAAAUGGUAAUGUCUCAAGAGUGGUAUGUUCCCAGAGGGUAGUAUGGCACAUUAAAGGGCCUUGCAUUUAUAUUAUGGAAGCCACAUAUCAUUCUGAGAAAGGUAUGUCGCCCAUCAGUAACGUAUGGCCCUAGAGGAUUAUAAGACGCAAAAUGUUUAAAAGGCACUCGUUUUGGAGGAUCAAGUAAUAGUGUAAACUUGGCAAUGUGGGAUUGGAAAUCAAAAGGUUGAGCAGUACUCGGACAUUUGGUUGGUUGGUUACUUCAUCCUCCAAAAUGAGUGCCUUUUAAACAUGGUAUGCUUACAUAUGCGUGAAGCAAGGUGCCGCCAAAAUCUUUUAGUGUUCUGCUGGUCUAGUACAGUCUCGUCAAACACCACCACCAGUCACCAAGCAACAAAGCUGAACCCAAAGUGACAAUGCUGCACCACUUGCAGCAAGUUUAUACUUGUUAUGGACUAGUGGUCUAAUGGUCUACUACAUGUCUGUGGUGUCCACAUUUACUGGCUGCUGGACUGAAAGCCUUGUUCAUAAGACAACCCAUAAUCAGGCUUUCAUUUAAAGGAUUUAGGUGAACGUAGAGCAAAGUUAUGCACAUACUUAGCUCAGAUAUUUGGCUUCAAACUAAGAAAAGUUAAAGCUUCGAACAAAAACAGAAAACAGUGUUCUCACUCUGCCAAGCUCAUGCAUAAUCCAAAAUGCAUAUUCUUAUUGACAUGAGCACAAUCUACAAAAAGUAUUACAGAUUAGCCAGGCCAAUAAAUAGGUUUCUUUAAAAAAAGUUCUUUGUUUCAUGAUCCCGAACACAAGUGGAAAAGAUAGCAGUCAAUAUGUAAAUUUUGCAAAUGUUUAUUGUCUUAGAUUUGUCCAUGUUUGAGCACCUUUUGUGCGAGACAAAUGAUGCAUUAGUUUGUGUCAUUUUGUGUGGCUGCUUUUAAAUAAAAGUUUGAUGUAGAUAACUAAGGCUUACCCGAGAUGUCAUUUUACAGCUGCAUACAAAAAUGAUGCUUUGUGCACCAUGUUUACUACUUUUUAAACUUGUGUCAGCCGAAAAUAUGGGGAGGGGUCUUGCACUGUUGGCAAUGGCCAUUAUCAAUGAAAUGUAAGGUGGAAAGCUGUGAAUGAACUAUAACAAGGCUUACUAUUUGUAGAAUGGCUUAUUCUUGACUGGGAUAAUGCAAUGAUUCUAUUCCAAUGCUUUUUCUUUUAGUGCUUCGUCAGUGGUGCAAGCAGCACUCUGCCUACAUUAUCAGCAAGAUAAGCUGGUCAUUAUCAGUAGAUAAAAAAAAUGGUUAUGUUAUGCCGGCUCUGAAGAAUCUUGUCUUUACGCAAGCCUGUUUUGUGUACUUUGUGGUUAUUUGUCUCUACCAAGUGAGUGUUAGCAUUUUGUUGCAUUUUAAUCAAGCUUGAAAUGCCACACCAUGUUCAAUUAUCAUGCAUGCUUAUUGCUUUUAUACUCAUCUGUCACACUCUAUACUGUUGCACAUAAAGUCCAUCCCAUUA